UCAGGGGGGUGUUUUUUCACACCCCUGAGCGCGAAAGUUGCAGCGUCGUAAAGUGUGAGUGUAGCCAUGGCCUCAGUGUAUUCAAAGGCUCUUGUAAACCGUCAAUGUCUCAAAUCCUGCAAACAGAUUCCCUUGAGCACAACUUUUUAAUUUGGAGUCAGUGACACCUCAUCAUAACAGAGGUACGUGUUGAUCUAAACAGUCUUGGCUUCCAUUGUCCAAAUUUUAGUGCUGCCAUGUUUAAUAAAUUGGCAUUUGUCCAGUCACUUGACUACCUAGAAGAAAACAUCUACAUCUACAACGAGUGUCUGGAUGUACCACAGCUUCUGGUAUUUCAUACAGCAGUACAAACCUGGAGCCCACCACACGUAGCCUGCUGCCUUUGACAUCAUAACUCCUGUCCGUGUCCAUGCCAGCCUGACACAGCUCAACGAGACAGGUGAACAAGAUUCUACAGCCUCUUGUCCUGGAAGGCUCAUCCAGUGGUGGUGACCUAGGCUCUGGAGAGAUGGUACUGCAUAGUAAUCAGUUAAAAAAAUUUUAUAGAGACUUUACGUGUGAUAUCACCACUUCAACUUUGUUUGACCCACAGUGUUGCAAGUCAAACCAUAAUGUGUAGGUCGGAACAGGCAUCAAUGAAUCCAUUAUCCACAGUGAACCCCAUCACCACGAUGAAGUUAAAAAAUACCAGUUGUUUAACCUACACAUUGAUCCACUAACCUCUAAUGUAAAAACAUCAUUGGACUGAAGAGAUAUGCAUCUUACUCAAAUUAGCGAUAUCAUGCACAAAGCAGAAAAGGCUACACACAAUCAGGCAUGAUGGUGACUUAGAAAUACUUAUGUUUAAUGCUUGGAUAGAGAUUACUCUUAAGGCUUUAAUUGUAUUGAUUUUGUGUGUGUCAGUUUUAUUUUGUCAUGUAUUUUGCUAAAACAGCCUAAAUUUAAAUGCUUUCACAUCAGCUACCUUUUUUUCCCCAGGGUGUCACCCUGUUGCUAUAAUGGGGCGGGGGGGGGGGGGUAGAGGGGAGCUAUUAGCCAAUAUCAUAUUUCUGACAGUUUUGUAUUUUCUGCACUUAACGCUAAGUUCUGUAACUAUGAAGCAGACUCCUAGCAUGCUUUAUGUUCAUGCUAAGCUUACAGUUGUUGACUUGUGAUCCCUAAGCUGAUUUUUGAAAGGUCCAUAUUUAAAAAGAAACUAUUUUCUCUUUGCUAGGAAUGGCUUACUUACGGUCUCAAAUAAUCUAGUGGGUUGUUUGGAAAAUGAGUUAAAAGCUGGUGAGACCAACUCCAUACACCAGGAUGACAGGAUAGUGGAAUCAUGUCUACUUAUGGUGUUUCUCCACUUACUGUUUCUUCUAUCUUCACCUGUGAUGCUUCUGAUGGUCUCCAUGAGGUUGUGAGCAUGUGCAAGGCAAGGAACCAUUUUGCUGUUUCCUUUUCAGUUGAGUAUUAAUUAGUUUUCAGAUCUGUGUGAGACCCACCAAUGGUGUGAUAAAUUUUACGUAGCUGUGUGAGUACCGUGAUCAGUGACUUGUGCACUCUAAAUUAAUCAAAAAACUAUGGAGUGAGCUGUAUAUAACUUCUGGUAUUUGUAAGUGUAGGAACUGUCAAACGAGAUGUAUAUUUUAAGGUUUGCCAAAUAACAGUGUACAAAAUACAGGGUAUAAAGUGACAGGAAUGAUUGGUGCAGGUAUCUUGGGUGAAAAUGCCAGUAAACCUUGAAAAACAGGUGGGGAAAGUAGAUAAGAAUAGGGAAAUUAGGUCUUUGAUGUGACUGUGAGAUGGGGGUUUUCUGCCGUUGAAAAUGUAGGAUAUAAAUGUCAGCUAAGCUCAUGAUUUUGGAAAAGAUUGAAAACUGCUGUGAGCCUGUAUCCCCAGCUGGUACAGUGCUAACCUUUUUCUUUUCUGUAUUGUGCUGAUCUGUCUUUGCUUAAUAAACUGACCAAGCGUGGUUAGCUGAUGCGCCAUUGAUCAGGAAUUUAAAUUGACUCCUCAGUGUUUUGUAUAAGGGAACACAACAUUUCCCCCCUCCAUAGCAGGAUGGGGGCAGCAGCCAUUCUCUGGGAAGGGGCAGGGAGUAUGUGGUUGGGGAGCUGGGAGAUCUGGGGGUGGGAGGAGCUGUCCCCAUGGAGCUGUCUUUCCCACUGAAGCAUGUUCAGAACUUGUACAGAGGGCUGAUGUAAACUCUCUUCAGAAUAGUGCUAUGAAUAAAGUGUUUUUAAAAAAUAUAGAGAGAAAACUACCAGCACAUCCUCUGCAGUGAGUUGUGUGCCUCUGUUCUCCCAUUCCUUCAAGGCAAUGUCCAUCUCCUCUGACCUCCUUCCUCUGCACCAUGGGGUGCUCGCGUGCUGGAGUCAUCUGGGCACCUCUCACCUCAGCAGUUCCCUCCCAUUGCCACAUCCUCAGGCUGGCAGCUGAGUCCCCCCUGUUCUCUGCCUGUGUCUCACAACAGGGCUGAAAUGAUUUGAUCUAACAGAAGUCCUUGGGCUCAACAUGGCAAGAAGUUGGUGGCCCAUGCACACACGUCAUCAUAACUGUAUCCCUCCAAACUUUAACCAUCGGUGUCCCCGCAGCCUCAUGCUGGGGGAGCCCUCGGUGCCCCAUGGGGGAGGAGAUGGCACUCAGCGUGGGGAAUGGCUGUGCUGGGAAACCCACAGAGGAUGAGGCAGAGACUGUGGUGAUGAUCCAGGAGGGACCCUUGCGGCCUAAGCCGUCUGCCUGGACCCCACGUCCCCGUGCCCUCCGCAACCUGGCCAUAGGCAGCAUCAUCUGCGGCUGCUCCUGCCUGGGGGUGCUGGCCCUAAUCUAUGCUGUCAAGGCCAACGAGAAGCGGAAGACAAACUCUCCUGAAACGGAUCUCUGGGCCCGGAAGUCCUUUCAGUUCUCCCUUCUCAGCAUCGGGGUCUGGGUGUCUCUGCUCAUCCUGGUACCGCUGCUCAUGGGACUCAUCUCCUACCUGAUUGCCAGGGCAGAGUGAUCUCCUGCUGCAUUCUCAUCGGCUCUGGGGGAUCAGGGGGAUUCCCAGAUCUGAUUUUUCUCUCCUGGGACUGCAGGAUGGGAGUUGCCCUGGCUGCAUCUCACCACAGCUGGCCUGGAAUCUCCCCAGCCCUGCCAGUUCUGAAGAAGCUCCAGCUUCUCCAUGGCUUGGGACUGAGACUUCAAAGAGACCAGGGUGGGGAGUAGGACAGGAUCAUCCGUGAUUGUCUAUUCCCAGCAGAGAUGGUGAUAAAGGAACCUAAAAACAUCAAGGAAAAAUCCAAGGCUGGUAGGGCUAAGGACCAGACUGAUUCCAUUCCUAGACGGAGAUGGUAAAGCUGUUAAUAAGGAUGUACAAAAGGUGCUUUGUAUUUGGAGAGAAGCAGGAUGAUGAACUCCUAUCAUAUGAGGAUGAUGAAGUACUUUCCAGUACAUUAAUGAACGAGGAGGAUGUUAAACAACAUCUACUAAACACGUUCCAAUCACAGACCCAGGAAACAUGUCCCCAAAAGCCCUAACAAAGUUGGCCGUGGAGAUCGCAAGCCUGCGAAUGUUCAUUUUUAAUAGAUGUUGGAAUGAAAUUCCAGAAGACCAGUAGAAUGCUAAUACUGUGCCGGGCAAGCAGGGUGACCAGGGGAAUUAUAGGCUGGUUAGCGUGACAUCAAUCCUGGGAGACAUAAGGGAAAAGCUAAUAAGGGAUUCCAUCAACAAAGACUGAAAAGAUGUAGUUAAAGCCAGACCACACUGUUUUAUGGAAAAGAUAUUUUUGUCAGACAAAGCUGAUUAAAUUCUUUAACAAGUUUACGAAUUUGGUUGAUAAACG